AAAAAAAAAUAGAGAGAAAAAUCUUGUAAUUAAUAGGAAUAAACCAGAAGGAUACUGCUUCAAAAUUUUGGUUAGAGUUAUUAUCAUUUCAAGGGAAAGAGGCCAUGUUGUCACGUGAAGACCAGUGGAGACCAAUUGCUUCAAGUUUAAUUUGUAUCUGAAGAGCUUUUCAGCACUUUACCAAAGCUGUGCAAUAAGGCUGUUAUAGGUAGAAGUGUCAGAGGCUGUGAUGGGAAAACUUACAGUGAUGAAGUACAAGACCAAGCGUCGUACAAGGGACUUGGAUUUGAUAUGGGAGGACUUGGGAAACAAAGAGUCUGUGUUGCACUUGAAGAAUCAACCUAUCCAGGAAGACAAACCAGGGCUAGGACAGCAUUACUGUGUUGAAUGUAGCAAGUAUUUUGAGAGCGGUCAUGCAUUGGUUCAUCACACAAAGUCCAAAGUGCACAAAAGACGUUUGAAACAGCUAAAGGAUAUACCAUAUUCACAAGAGGAAGCUAAUGGAGCAGCAGGACUGGAUUUGGUGAAGUAUCAGAAGAAGGUUCUAAAACAAAAUGAAAGACAAGAGGUACAGUCACUAGAAAAAAGGGAUAUUGACCUUUUGAAGACAGCGAAAAAAAAUUGUUUUCUCAAUUCUUUAGUGGACAACGAAGGUGAAGUCUUGAUGGUUUGAAUUCUGACUUCCCACCAUUCUAUCGCUUUUUUUUCAAUCAGAUGAGAAUAUAAUAUCACUUUUAGGAUUUUAUAUGAUAUAUCUAUAAUAUAUAUAUAAUUAUAUCGAACAAAAGAACUAUAUGUUGGUACCAAACUUUGUUGUUAAAUUACGG